AUGAGCGACGUCACUUACUUUUUGAUAAGUUUUGGUGAAGUAGUGAUUUCUUCCCAUAGCCUCCUUGAACGUAUCCAUGCCCUUCUGGAGCAUGGCUUUGCGAGACUUAAGGAAUGCGCGCUGCUGGGUAAGCUCUGGUGGCUCUGCGGCGAUGAAACUGACCUCCUCGUCAGUGAAUUGGGCGACGACCAAUGGAGAAAAGAUUCUGUUGGGAAGCGGCUCGAUGAGGUGGCGCUUAAUAACCUGCUUGGCGAUAGCAUUAAUAAAGUACUUCGACUCAUCCUGCUAGACUAUUAUCUUUCUGUUAGGAAUGAGUUGGGUGGGUAUUCUUGCCCUGUAGUAUGCGCGCUGAUUGUCCAACGCCUCCUUGGAGGAGUAUUUGUCCAUGUUCUGCUCAAUAGAGUUAGCUAUAGCUUUCUCCAUCUUAGCAGGAUUGUAGUGGGUGUGGCUGGAAUUCGAGUAGUAGAUAUUUAUCUCGGAUGCGCUCUUUGCACCUUCUACAAUCUUCUGGUGCUUGCGCUGUUGUUGCUUCUGGAGGGUGGUGGUAAAAUAGUGGUUAGACCACACUUUCUAAACCUAUUAGAUGGCUUCCUAACGGCUUUGUUAAUGUUAUUAUUACUAGGACCCGUCCCCACGCUUAGUGUUUAUCUCUUCUCUAAGUAA